UGCAUAAUUGGUUGAUUCUUUCCUGAUCUUUUGUUCUAUAUAUUUAGCUUUAUUGGUAAAUUUGCUGCCACGUGACUUGAAGGUCACGGGUUUGAGCUGUGAAAACAACCUCUGUAGAAAUGCAUGUAAGGCUGUGUCCAAUAUGCCCUUAUGAUCUGGCCCUUCCCGGACCCUACACUCAUGCCUAAUAGUUUUCUUCUUCUUAAAGUUUCAUUUUGCUAUUGAUCUCUAAAUUACCCUUUCUGGGUAUUACUAUAAGAAUGUUCUACAGAGUGAAUCUUGAAUGCAUGUGGAGUUUAAAGUAAAAAAUGUCUUUUUAAGAUGGCUAUGCAUAUUGAUAAGGGGAAUAAUGAGUAAAGUUCAUAUCCUUUUGGGUUUUCUGCAUAUUUUUUGUUUAUGGUUUGUCAUAGGAGAAUGUGCUUUUUCUUCUAAUAUCCAUGGAAGUUCUUUUGAUUAUAGUAAUAUUUGGGGAGUGGUGUUUUUGAUGUAAUAAACAUUUGAAUAUUUGGUUGAAUUUUUCCUGAUCUUGUGUUCUAGGUUCUGAUCUAGUGUUUUUCGCCUUUUCUUUUGAAGAGUUUGCUGGCUAUGUUGCUCUGACUCUUCAAAAAUAUACAUGGGUGCGUGUGGGAUACUCCCAAAAUAGUGUAUUUUUGGAGAAUCCGAGCAACAUGGUUUUCUUGUAAUAUAUGACUUGGUAUUUUGAUCAAGUCAUCUUCUGGAUAUAAGAUUCUCAUGAUGUUAGAACAAGAUGCAUGUGGUUCUUUGUUUUAAUUUUUCCCAUUGUUAAUGGUAUUUUUGUUCAUUUCAUUUUAGGUGGUCAUUUUGCUAUCUGAUCAAAUCCUUUUUGCUAUGGUUCUAUAGUCAUAUAUAUGAGUAGAGUAUAUUGGGUAGGUCAAUGGCUCUUGUGUUAGAUAUUGAUGAACUGCUAGUUACUGCAUUUAAACAUCAGUCACAGAAUGCUUACCCACAAUUCUGCUUCGGAAACUUCUCUUUUGAGGCGAGGUCUAUCAAAAACAGCCUCUCUAUCCCACAAAGGCAGGGGUAAGGUUUGCAUACAUCGUACCCUUCACAAAUUCCACUUGUGGGACUACAUUGGGUAUGUUGUUGUUGUUGUUGCCGCAUAAGCCUGUUUGUCCUUGUGUGUUUUAUCACCUUAUGGAGUUCGUAUUGCAGUUCUACACAUCAUUCUCAAUUAACACUUCACAUUCCUUUCUCGGUGUUUGCUUGCACAUGCCAUUGAGUUGUUUUGAUGACUGCAUGUGACUAUGUUCCACUAGUUCCCUUGUUGACACUUCCUGCAAAUCCAUCCUGUUAUAUUGACAAGGUUAAUAUAGCAGAACGGGGAGGUAGUAGUUCAUGUAAUAGGUCAAUAAGAUUUUAAAUGACUGCAGUUCUAGAUAGAGUAGCUGUAUAUUCGUCUUUGCAGUAUAGUCUCUGCAGUUCUGUAUACCUUGCUUAGUAUCCUUGAGGAUUCAUGCUCUACUCUUCACAGCCUGAAAUUAGUCUGUCACUUAUCGUCACUAUAGAUAGGAAUGUUUCUUUUAUUUGUAUCUUCCUUCUGUCAACUUCGUUCAGAAAUGACGAGGUAGGCUUUGAUGCAAAAAGUAAUGAUAAUCACAUUACUUUUUUGAAGGUUCUUGGUUCCUGAGCUUUUUGAAAAGCAAUCUCUGAAGAUAAGAGCUGAUAACUUGCAAUAAUCAUACAAAAUUUUGUGACAAUUGCAUUAUAGCUUUAGUCAUAUGCUACGGUUUGCAAGUCAAUUUUAAUUUGGUAGUUAUAUGCGUCCCAAAAGCCUUCUAAUAAAUAGUGAAGGAAAUUAAUGUGUAGUGUAUCCUUGUGUGUGUGUGUGUGUGUAUGUGUGAGUGACAAAUAGCACAGGUUUAUUGGAAGGUUUUGUCGAUGUUGUUAUUGUUUUAUUUUUCAUGUUCGCUAUGUGAUGCUUCCUCUAGUAGUUGUGAUAUUUCUUUAUUUCUGUAUGUUCUUUGAUACGCGUUACCUGAGCCGGGGAUCUUUCGGAAACAACCUUUUUACCUCCGUGAGGUAGGGGUAAGGUCUGCGUACACGCUACCCUCCCCAGAACCCACCUUGUGGGACUACACUGGAAGUGGAAUUUCCAUCUCCUUGCUGUCAGGAGAUAUGAAGUCUUUGGAUCCGGACUUACAAGGCGAGACAUUGCGGUUGACACAUUCAACUCUUAACUCCCAAGACGAAAUGACUGCAUCGGGGAAAACACAUUCUCAAGAUCAAUGUGCUUCCUCAGAUUAUGUUCAUGAUGAAAGAUAUGGAAGAGAGAUGCAAGUUCAAAUAAAGCCUGCUCUUUUUUCUUUGCAAAAUGAAGUGGCCCAUUCAACUGGUUUCUCUGCUUUUGGCUACUCUGAUCCCUAUAUCAGUGGCUUAUAUACUGCUUAUGGACCUCAGCCUUAUCCUCAUAUGAUGGGCAUAGCACCUGCCCGUGUCCCACUCCCCAUUGAUAUGGCAGAGGAUGGACCAAUCUAUGUUAAUGCAAAACAAUACCAUGGGAUCCUAAGGCGGAGGCAGAUACGUGCAAAGCUUGAGGCUCAGAACAAACUUGUCAAAAAUAGAAAGCCAUAUCUUCAUGAGUCACGGCAUCUUCAUGCAGUGAACAGAGUUAGAGGGUCCGGUGGACGUUUCCUCAGCUCAAAGAAAGUUCAUCAAUCUGAUCCAAAUAGCUACCCUACUAACUCAACUUCUUCUCUAGACUCAGUUGAGCAUGAAGGUUCAACUUCUGCUUUCUCAAGUGUCCGACAAGAUGUUGUCCACAAUGGCAUCAACUUCCAGCAGCAGCCUGAUCACAUGGCCUUCAGUGUAUCCUCUCAUAUGGUUAUUACCAUGCAAGGCAAUGGGAGUCAGCAACGUGCUCCAGUUGUCCGGUGAUUAUAAGUUCUUAACUGGCUAAGACAGUCACCGGCAGGCAAUUCAUCCUUGGCUUUUACCCUUUUUCCAUUAUGUCUCUGGUUUUUGCAAGUGUCAACUUGUUUCUACUGUUAUAAUGGUGAAUUUGGUCGUUAUUAAUCCUAGAUUUAUCAAACCUAGAUUGAAGAAAAGAACGUCUUUCGUUCUGUAUUAGUUAUCCGUUUUGCUGCAUGUCUGCACCUAGCAUGGAAUGGUUAUGCAGUGAAGUUGUUAAUGAUUAACUGAAAAGAAAAUGAAACAAAAUGGUUGCUGGUUGUGUAUUGAGUGAUUCAAGAGGUUCAUGUAAUGCUACUAUGUUUAGUGGACUUGAAUUGAAUCUAUCUUUUGUUUUGUGUUGUGGAAGUACUUUAAGAGCACAUCAACAUUUUCCUUGGA